AUGGGUCGCGUUCGAACGAAGACCGUCAAGAAGUCCGCCAAGGUCAUCAUUGAGCGGUACUACCCCAAGCUCACCCUCGACUUCGAGACCAACAAGCGAAUCUGCGAUGAGAUCGCCAUCAUUGCGUCGAAGCGUCUGCGCAACAAGAUUGCCGGCUUCACCACCCAUCUCAUGAAGCGUAUCCAACGUGGACCCGUCCGCGGCAUCUCCUUCAAGCUCCAGGAAGAGGAACGUGAGCGAAAGGAUCAAUACGUCCCCGAAGUCUCGGCUCUCGACUUCACGCAGAACAGCGAGAGCGGACAGCUGGACGUCGAUCAGGAGACCAAGGACAUGUUGAAGUCCAUGGGCUUCGACAGCAUCCCCGUCAACGUUGUCCCUGUGUCCGCCCAGCAGACGAACGAGCGCCCGCGCCGAUUCGGCGACCGCCCGGCGCGAUAG